AUGCAUUUCUCUGGUUGCGGCUGCAAGGCGGAACAUGAGCUUGGCACCAGCGCGGCGUGUUUGCGCAGCCAAAUUGAUUUGGACGGCGUGAGGGUGUUCAACAGCGACGCGAGCCCCGAGAGCGGCAGCUUGGUGUUCAAAUCGUACAACGAUCGUCUUUCCGGGGAGACUUUGCGAAGCGACCCAUCUUCCGACGACGAGCUGUUAUUCACACUCCGAUUUUACAACCCGUGUGACAUCGCACAACUUUUGGUGGUUAACGACACAACACAAGUACUGCACUUGAGGCUGUACGCUAACAGGCAACACUUCGACUUCAGCGACGUAGAGGCCGUGACCCCUACCCAGGAACUGGAGCUUCCGCCCGAUGCGCAUGGGUCUUUCUUGCACAAGUUGUCGUUUGCCAAGUUUAAAGACAUAUCCGACUUGGCUUUACACUUCUCUGGGGAGGAGCCCGUACAGCUGCGUUACAUCGGCCUUCGGGGAAAGUCACGAGUGCAGCAGGCGAAUGUGGUUGAUGCCACUUAUGAGUUGGUGCCCACUGCUUCGUUCCAAGAGUCGCUUGCAGAGGUGAAAAACUUUAAGUACGUGUGA